AUGGAUAUUCAAUUGUUAAAAAUAAAACGUUCCAUCUUAUUAGAUGAAGAUAUAUCCCCUGUUUUAAUUGACACAAAGGACAUAGAGGGGAAAGCCAAAACAAAUAAGAAAAAGAUAAAAUACAAAACUCGAAUUAAAUGGGAAAAGGAAGAAACAAAAUUGCUCAUUGAAGGAAUAAACACCUAUGGUUUAUCCAAAUGGUCACAAAUUCUCCAAUCGUAUAAUUUUCCCCAAUACAGGUUUUUUUAUACAUAA